GGCUCCGAGCUCACAACUUCCACACGGGAGGAAAAGUAGCCAGGAAAACUGCGUAUUCUUUCAUGUUGUGCUGGUGUUCUCAUUCCGAGGUGGAUCGGAAAGUAAACAAGCGGGUCACACGCGUACAGCGAAUAGUUAUCGUCAGAAAGUGACGUUUUAUUACAGCGUGAAGUGGAGACAGUGAGUGAAAUUUAAAGUUAGCACUUGUCCGAUGUCGACUUGCGGUGCAGCGAUCGAUGGGACCCAGCGCAGCGAUGGAGCAAUAGCGUUGGAUCCCUGACUUUCUUUUCCUGGAUAUAUAUUUAUUUUUUAACGGAAGCGUUGUUCCUUCCUUUAUAUUUUUUCUUGUUGUGGAUUAUCACUGCAAUCAUGCCUGGAAAAACCAAGUACAACCUGGUGGAUGAUGGCCAUGAUUUGAGAAUUCCCUUACACAACGAGGAAGCCUUUCAACAUGGGAUCAACUUUGAGGCAAAGUACAUCGGCAGCCUUGAUGUGACCCGGCCAAACAAUCGGGUGGAGAUUGUCGCUGCGAUGAGGAGAAUAAGGUACGAAUUCAAGGUGAAGAACAUCAAGAAGAAAAAGGUUAACAUCAUCGUGUCGGUGGAGGGCGUCAAGGUGAACCUGAGGAAAAAGAAAAAAGUGAGUGGCAUUAAGAAGGAGUGGACGUGGGACGAGAGCAAAAUGAUGGUGAUGCAGGACCCCAUUUACAGAAUAUUCUACGUGUCCCACGACUCUCAGGAUCUGAAGAUCUUCAGCUACAUCGCCCGGGACGGACAGAGCAACGUGUUCCGCUGCAAUGUCUUCAAGUCGAAGAAGAAGAGCCAGGCCAUGCGCAUCGUGAGGACGGUGGGCCAGGCCUUUGAGGUGUGCCACAAGCUCAGCCUCCUGCACACCCAGCAGAGCGCAGACGGGACGGAGGAUGGAGACAAGACAGCUGGAAAACUGAACGCCUUGGAGCAGGCGGCAGACGUGGCGGUUGCCGUGACGACGACGGCCGCCGCCGAGGAAACGGACAUCGACGCGGAGGAAGAGGACGUCCCGGUGGCGGCGGCCGACAGCACCGUGGACGAGUUCAGCAACAGUAACCGCGGAGUCACGGAUCUGGACGCCACAUCUAAGACCAGCGAGCACAGCCCCACAGACACCAAGUCUCCAGAGGAGGGCUCUCUGCUGAUGGCCAGCCCAAGGAUGCUGCUCCCGGAGGCGGGCACGCUGUCGCCGACCACCCCCCUGUCUAUCCACCACCAGAUCCAGCUUCUCCAGCAGCAGCUGGCGCAGCAGCAGCAGCAGACGCAGGUGGCCGUAGCGCAGGUUCACCUGCUGAAAGACCAGCUGAGUGCAGAGGCCACGGCGCGGCUGGAGGCCCAGGCCCGGGUCCACCAGCUGCUGCUCCAGAACAAGGACCUGCUGCAGCACAUCUCCCUGCUGGUCAAGCAGAUCCAGGAGCUGGAGGCCAAUCUCACAGGAACCCACUGCAUGGGGUCCCAGGACAGCCUAUUGGAGAUCACCUUCCGCUCCAGCGGGGUCCCGGUGCUCUGCGACCCCACCACGCCCAAGCCGGAGGGCCGCGCCAACGGAGAGGCCCUCCGCCCCGACGUCUUCUCCCCGCCGGCCGCCGCUCUCGGGAGCCCCAUAGUUGAUCAGAGCAUGUUUGAGAACUCGGUUGCCCAGCAUCAGAUUAACCAGAGCCCCAGGCUGGGCCAGCCCACGGCCCGCCGCGCCACAGGCCCUCCGCAGCCCAACUUGGACUUGUCGCCCUCCGGCGGCCAGCAGAGGCUGAAGAACGCCAUCAAUUUGGGCAAGGCGGUCGGGGCAAAGGUGAACGACCUCCUGAGGAGGAAGGAGCAGAGCCACCUGGGAGAUAUCGGCGUCACGGAGGUCAACAAGAACGUAGGAGCUGUGUGGAGCUGCUUGGACCAGGUCAACCAGUCGGCUGUCAACAGCCACGACUCCUCCUCUUCCCGGGCCUUCGACGCCUUCCCCAGGCUAGACCCCCCACCGCCCACCGGCAGGAAGCGGCUCCCGCGCGCCCUCAAGACCACCCGGGACAUGAUGAUCUCUUCCGACCCGGUGGUCCCAGCGCCCGAUGCCCCGGACCCGGACCCUUCCCCGUCCCCCUCCUCCCCCCUGACCGCCCCCGACCGGACGCCCCUGCUCAGUCAGGAGGCCGAGGUGGAGGAGGGGGGGGGCCCGAGGCCGGGACAGGGAGAUCAGGAGGAGAAGGGGGGGCAGGGGGAGGGGGAGGCCGAGAGGUGCGACCAGAACCAGAAGGUGAACUGGUUGACCAGCAGGGGACAGGAGAACAACUGGGAGGACAUCCUGGAGUCGGAGGGCCGGCUCGAAGCCCAGAAGCACCAGGGGCCUCCGACGCCGACCCAGCUUCAGCACUCAGUUCCGGACCUCAUCCACAAGGACCCCCCGUGUGGGUCCCAGGAGGAGGCCAGGCAGGCGUCCGCUCCCUGCCCCGGGAAAGGGCACUACCGGAUCGGCACGGGGGAGGAGCUGCUGCUGCUUGAGAACGGGAGCGCGGGCGGCGCCCCCUGCAGGAGCGUGGAGAGGAACGCGGACGAGGCAGAGCGCCACCCGGACCUGCUGUCCUUUGAGUAGCUGGAGUGGGACCCCAGAGGGGGGGGGGGGACAACGGCACAAAGGAUUGGGGCUAGCUGUGUUUUUUUAAUAUAUAUCUGAUGAUACUAUUAUGUUUUUAUUACACUUAAGCAGCUUUAAGGAGCAGUCAACCCACCCCGAGGUUACUGAAAUAUUUAUAAUCCUUGAAUAUGUAAUUUGCCCUCCGGAGCGGAGGCGGGAAUGGUUGAGACCUGCCAUCCAUUCUCUCUCUCUCUCUCUCUCUCUCUCUCUCUCUCUCUCUCUCUCUCUCUCUCUCUCUCUCUCUCUCUCCUCUCUCCUCUCUCCUCUCUCUCAUCAUAUUAUGUCUCAACCAUGCAGCCCUCAUUCCCGAGAUGUCCAAGUUUUCCGCUGUUUCAUUAUUGAUAAGGCACUCGCUGUCAAUCUAACAAGCACAUUACAUUGUUUUAACUUGGUAUUUCUAGGCCUGCAGAAGAUGUGUGUGAAGUAGAGAACAUGUGGAUAUGUUUAUCAUGGGGUCAGCCCGCAGGUGUAGUGAGGGACACAGCUUUUGCUCCCCCCGGCCUGAAGAGCCACGCUGCCACUGAGAUGUGAUUAUUCACUGAUUUGUACGUGGCGGCCGCCCUUGUCUGAAGUGGCCUCUCACACCCCACCAACAGGCCCGGUCUUCGGGGGGGGACGGGGGGGGGACCAGUGGGUCAUUGGCUAGCAAUCAAAUCAAGGCACAAUGCAAUCAAUACAUUCAUGUGACUCUAUCUUCCGGAUUACAUCUCCCGCUUGCUUCCAGAGUGCCGGAGAACACAGUGUUUACUGGACUGGACUGGCCUUGAAAUUGCUAGUAGUAUACGGGAGGGGGGACGAGACUUGACGAGCAGGAGACGGGGAGAGAUACCAAGGAGGUAGGGUUUCAUUUUGGGCGUAUGGAAUGACAAGACCAAAGCAAAAAAAAAAUUAAAGGGUAAUUUCAUA